GAAUGGGAGCAGUUUUUUCCCAGACAAUGGGGUCAGGCGAUACAGCAGCCAACCCAUGAGCUAAUCAUAUUCAUAACACAGAUACUGGAUAUUCUGGAUUUAUUCAUUUCUCCGUAUUUAACUUUUAAAAGAACCACUUUAACUGACGGUAAAAUAAAACGGACGGUUUUAUUUUUUAUUUAACCUGACCACAGUCAUGUUUUAGUCUGCUAACCAAGCUAACGUUAACGGUUAGCCUGGUUGUUGUCAUGGUCAACGUCAGCUUAUUGAAACUAACGUAUGACUGAACGUUAGCCACGGCUCAACGGUCGUCCCGAACAACCGACCUGUUAGAAAACGACCACUCUAUGAGGGUGUUCAGCUGAAGAUUAACACCGCUCCUGCUGCUCCUCCAAAGAUGAGGAGACUGACAAAGAAGAAGGCUCUGACUCUGGUGAAGGAGUUGGACGCCUUCCCCAAAGUCCCCGAGAGCUACGUGGAGUCCACAGCCAGCGGUGGGACAGUGUCUCUGAUAGCCUUCACUCUCAUGGCUGUACUUGCCUUCCUGGAGUUCUUCGUGUACAGAAACACAUGGAUGAGGUAUGAGUAUGAGGUGGACAAAGACUUCAGCAGUAAACUCAGGAUAAACAUCGACAUCACAGUUGCCAUGAGAUGCCAGUAUAUUGGUGCAGAUGUCUUGGAUCUGGCAGAGACCAUGGUUGCAUCUGAUGGUUUAAAAUAUGAACCAGUCAACUUUGAACUCUCACCACAGCAAAGAUUAUGGCACAUGACUCUUCAGCACAUUCAGGAGCGUCUGAGAGUGGAGCACGCUCUUCAGGAUGUGCUCUUCAAGGCUGCAAUAAAAGCAGCUCCUCCUGCUCAGUCUCACAGUGAGGACAGUUCCACUUCCCUCAAUGCCUGCAGGAUACAUGGACAUCUGUACGUCAACAAGGUGGCAGGAAAUUUCCACAUCACUGUCGGAAAGUCCAUCCCUCAUCCCAGAGGCCAUGCUCAUCUAGCUGCUCUAGUCAGCCACGACACUUAUAACUUUUCUCACCGGAUUGACCACUUGUCCUUUGGAGAAGCGAUCCCUGGGAUUAUCAGCCCCCUGGACGGCACAGAGAAAGUCUCUCCUGAUCCUAACCACAUGUUUCAGUAUUUCAUCACCAUUGUGCCAACCAAGCUGAAUACAUACAAGGUCUCUGCUGACACACAUCAGUACUCAGUCACUGAGCGGGAACGAAUGAUAAACCACGCUGCAGGCAGCCAUGGAGUCUCAGGGAUCUUUAUGAAAUAUGAUAUCAGUUCACUAAUGGUCAAAGUCACUGAGCAGCACAUGCCGCUCUGGCAGUUCCUCGUCAGACUCUGUGGCAUCAUUGGAGGAAUUUUCUCGACCACAGGUAUGCUCCAUGGUAUGGUUGGUUUCUUGGUUGAUGUGGUUUGCUGUCGUUUCCAAAUAGGAAUCUACAGACAUCUUAAGGAGGCUCCACUGAAUGCACAAGAAAACAGUGAAACCCCAGUUCCUUCAGAAAAUUACUCUCAACAGUGAGACAGCAACUCAGCUGCAGGCACCUCACAGCUCACCAUUUUGGCCUCACCCACUAGUCAGCAAUGAGAUGCUGGGAAAAUGUUUACAAGGUGAUUUAUUAUAAAAUGUGUCCCUGCUUUGCUCAGAAAUGUGUACAUACUUUUAUCUUUUUUAAAUUUUUUAUUGGAUGGGUGUUAGAUUCAGACAUAACUGUUCAUCUACCUGGGAUUAGGAUCCACUAAAUUUCUGUCACUUUCACUGGAAGGCUUCACCAGGAGGACUGAACAGCAGAAAUUAUUUACAUCAUUAUUGUAGGUUUGGCUUUAUUAAAUAGACGGUACCUAAUAUUAAAUCUCCCAUGGCACCCACACAGUUGAACUCACUUAUUCCUGCUCAUUAGACCUUUACACUGGGACAUAUUUUCAUGUAUACACUUUAUGUUUCCCUCACAGAUCAGGUUUAAACCUGUGAAGAGACAUUUUUCUGAUUCUUUUGUGUAGUUUGGUGACCCCAGAAAAAUAGCUCUGCUCAACCUGAAGCUGAGAAAAGUCUAAUCAGCUACAAUAAAUGAAGAACCUGUAUUGAUGUGCAGGGCCUUUAAAGGGGAACUGUGUGAAAAGACUACAAGGGUUUUGAAUUAGUCCACAUCUGUGCCUGUCUGUAAAUGAUGCAACUCUGAGACUCUGUUAAUUAAAUAAAAUCCUCUUUGGUAUAGUCUCACA